AAAAGGUGGAAACGACAGAAAGGUCUCUCGUUAAAGGUGGUAGCUUCUGCACGAAAGUCGUGACAGCAUGGCGGCCGCUGCAACGCCAAUGUGGGAUGAGCACCAGGCGUAUGAGGAGCUGCUGUACUGGGACAGUCUGAUCCAGCAGGGCCACCGGCUCCUCCCGCAUGAUUUUGAUAGAUACGAGGAGCUGCGUUACUGGUACGACUGCCUGUGCUACGAGGAGGAGCUGAGACAGUAUCAUGACUACAUCGCUGCUAUCGAGGAGAUUGAGGAUAAACAGCAUUAUGAGGAGGCUUCAUCCCCCCAGGUGCGCACGCCAUAUGAUCGCCACGUGAUGGCCAAGCACUCUGAAGUGUACCCCUCAACAGAAGAGCUGGAGGCGGUGCAGAAAAUCGUGUCCCAUGUGGAGUGUGCUCUGAAGACUGUGUCUGACCAGAUGGAUACUCCAAAAGACAGCAAAGAAAAUACAGAGGCACAGAGUCCAAGUACUGAUUCUGAAGAGCGUGUCCUGCGUGGGGUUAUGAGGGUCGGCUUGGUGGCCAAAGGACUUCUGCUGAAGGGAGACAAGGACCUGGAGCUGGUGCUGCUUUGUUCGAACAAACCUACUAUCACCCUGCUUCAACAAGUGGCUGAAAAGCUAACUGAACAGUUAGAGGCUAUUUCAGUUGGGGCGUACACAGUGAGCCAGUGUCCAGGGGAUGCAGCCAUUGUUGUGACAAGUACAAAGGAGUCAGCCCUGACUCUCACUAUCCACUUGACAUCACCUCUCAUCAGGACUGAGCAAGAAAGUAAAACUGCAGAAGAAGAAGAAACGCGAACAGUCAACGAUCCGCCGGACGUUCUGGACAGGCAGAAAUGCCUAACUGCCUUGGCGUCUCUCCGCCACGCCAAGUGGUUCCAGGCCAAAGUCAGCGACCUGAGUUCUGCCGUUGUCGUGAUCCGGAUCAUGAGGGACUUGUGUAACCGUGUUCCUACCUGGAUGCCACUCUCAGGAUGGCCUCUUGAACUGCUGGUAGAGAAAGCUAUUGGUACAUCUGAGAGACCAAUGGGAGCAGGCGAAUCUUUCCGCAGGGUUUUGGAGUGUGUUGCAUCUGGAAUCCUCCUUGAAGAUGGCCCUGGAAUUAAAGAUCCAUGUGAGAAGGAAACAGUUGAUGCCACUGAACAUUUAACUCUGCAGCAGCGUGAAGACAUCACGCAGAGUGCUCAGUUUGCCUUGAGGCAGUGUGCAUUUGGACAGAUGCACAAGGUGUUGGGGAGGGACUACAAACCUAUAAAGCCACGGAGGUCAAUGGGAAUCAGUGGCAAAGAUGGUACAGCUCAGAUAGGUCCUGCUGGUCCUUUCAGCCUGCCAGCUAAGAGGUCGUACUCUGAGGUGGAGAAAGAAGAGGACGAGCCCCAUCUCAACAGCAAACAGAGGAAGUUUCUCAAGUUCCAGAAGCGAUUUCAGAGGAAAUCAUUCACUGAUGAUUUUAGCAUGAAUGCUGUGAUGCGUCUGAACCAGUACAGACCUGGCCUGGAGUACCGGCUUACAUCUCAAACUGGUCCAGUCCACGAGCCGGUCUUCACAAUGGCUGUGGACUUGAAUGGGAAGACCUACGAGGCCACUGGGCCUUCCAAACGAGCGGCCAAGCUUAAUGUAGCCACCAAGGUCCUGCAGGAUCUCGGUCUUCCAACAGGCUCAGAAUCUAAGUCAGAGUCCAGUGGUGACGGUGAAGGAGUCCAGGAAUCAAUAAAAGCUGCUACCACGUCCUCCACUACAUCAGAAGACAGCGGUCAGGGUCCCAUCUUGACCAAAAAUGGCAAGAACCCAGUGAUGGAGCUAAAUGAGAAGCGGCGCAGCCUGAAGUACGAGCUGUCUGCAGAGACGGGCGGCUCCCAUGAAAAGUGUUUUGUCAUGGAGGUGGAGGUGGAUGGGCAGAAGUUCAAAGGGAGAGGCUCCAAUAAGAAGGAGGCAAAGGCCUACGCUGCCCUCGCUGCCCUGGAGAAGCUGUUCCCAGACGACAAUGGAGUGUCAAACACCAACAGAAAUUAUUCAAAGAAGAAAGUCACCUACACCGACAUGCACAUCCCAGGGUUCGGGACUAUUCGUGGCAUUCCUUCAGACUCUGGAUCCCGUGGCUGGGGUCCCAACAGAGGUCGCGGCCGGGGCAGAGGCAAACCGUUUCCCUCGGGACCCAGUUAUAACAAGACCAACUACAGUUAUGAGAGCAGCACUGGCACUGGCUAUCAUAAGCUGUAUGGUAACAACACAGCCAGCACCACGGCCAAAAUCCCUGGAUCUAGUGGAUCAGGCAGCAACAUCGGCUACGGCACCUUUUACCCUGAGAGCAGCACUACCUACUCCUCCCCACCCGUCCCCAGCUCCAACUACAGCAUCACAAAGGGAGAAAGCUACCAGUCGAUGCCUCCGCCCGCCGACCAGGAGAGCCCCUACAGCUACGGGUACGGAGACGAGAAGAAGAAGAUGCUGACCCAAGGUCAGAAUGAGGGCCAGGGAGACUACUCCAUGUACAGCACCGCUUACCCCAGCUCAGUGACAGGGGGCCAAGUGUAUAAUAAUUAUGGCUGGGGAAACCAGUCGUCCUGGGGCAAUCAGCAGGGGUACAGCAUGUACCAGGGCUUCGGAGGACAAAACCAGGGCUCAUACUCUGGAUACAGCGACAUGAAUUACUAAUCAUGUCAUGUACAGCCUUUCUCACCUCACUAUGCCAUCUCUGAUUGUUCACCCUCGAUCAUGAUCCAGGGAUACCACUUCUGAAAAGGAAAAGAAAAAGUUCUUGUGUCGUCUCUGUAACUGGAAUUUUACAGUUUGUCUUUGUUUGUUUUGUCGCUCUUCACCUCACUUGUCUCUUAAAAGCUAUUUUAGUUGACAGAUGCAAGUUUAUGUUUUAUUGAAGUCCCCGUUGUCUUUUAACUGCUGCAACCCUCGUCAUGUUCAUGUUGACAUGUAAAAAAAAAACAUACCUGGUUUAUUUUUAUGUUGUUGUGUUUUUUAACCUGACAUACUGGUUGUGUAUCAGUAUAUGGUUUUGAUUUGAAGCUGCUCAUAGUUUUAAACUGAAGAUUUAUUCACUCAUGUCACA